AUGUGGCUCAGGCCAGCCACCGCGGCCAAGAACAGGAAAGCAACACUUGGGUGUGAGGCGGAUGGAGAAGAGGAGAAGAGGAGGAGGAGCAACGAUGGGUGGUCAGGCAGCAGGAGGAAGAUGGAGGCGGAGCGGCGCUUGGGUGAUGAGGAAUGGCGACGUGUUGUGGAUAAGAAGGGGCACGCAGUGGGUGGUGACAUCGGGGGCGGCGGCGCUGCACUCGGGCGUCACAUCAGGCGGCGGCAGGGAGGCGGGGGGCGCGCGCGGAGACUAAAGAGAAAAUGGAGAGGCUUGAAGGAGAGGCGGGCAAGCAAGAAGGGCCGAUGCGUCGCCCACGACGCAGACGAGACCAGCGGCAGCCAGGGGCUUGCGGUGGCGCCGUCGGCGAGGACCGAGAGAGAUGAGCGGGAGAGAAAAGGGAGACGAGACCAGCGGCAGCCAGGGGCUUGCGGUGGCGCCGUCGGCGAGGACCGGUCGAUUCUCGCCGGAUCCGGUGGGAAACGGCGCGCAGGCGCCGGAUCUGGAAGGAAGGCGGCCGGAGCUCGGAGCACGACGGCUGGCGGGCGUGGCAUAGCGUCGGGUACCUGUGAG